AUGUCUCGCUCUCUCAGUCUCCUCGCCGCCAGCGCCGCGGUCACCGGUGCUCUCGCCUCCAUCCAGGCCUGCCAGAACAGCAGCUUGACUACCAGCUGCUCCAGCAGCAGCAGCUACUCCCUCAGCGCCAGAGCCUCUGGUUCUUGCUGCCUCGAGUCCCCUGGCGGUCUUUUGCUCCAGACCCAGUUCUGGGAUGCUAAGCCUGCCAUCGGCCCCGCCGACUCCUGGGGUAUCCACGGUCUCUGGCCUGAUAACUGUGACGGAACCUUCUCGUCUAGCUGCGACUCGUCUCGUGCAUACGAUGAUAUCGAGUCCCUCCUCGAGGACGCCGGCAAGACCGACACCCUCGCCUACAUGAAGAAGUACUGGCAGAGCAACGACCAGGAUGUUGAGACCUUCUGGGAGCACGAGUGGUCCAAACACGGUACCUGCAUCAACACCAUUGAACCCAGCUGCUACACCAACUACAAGAAGGGUGACGAGGCCGUCGACUUUUUCGGCAAGGUCGUCAGCCUGUUCAAGGAGCUGGACACCUACUCCGCUCUCAAGGAUGCUGGCAUCACCCCCUCCGACUCCAAGACCUACAAGCUGAGCGACAUUGAGGACGCUGCUGGCAAACUCCACAACGGCAAGAAGGUCUACUUCUCUUGCAGCUCCAACGAGAUUUCUGCUGCUUACUACUACUUCCACCUCCGUGGUAACGCCAUCAAUGGCGAAUACGUUCCUGUCGACACCCCCGAGGACUCCGACUGCCCUUCGUCCGGCAUCAAGUACCCCGUCAAGGAGAGCAGCUCUUAA